AUCAGUAUCAUUUGUUGAUCAGUACUCUUCGCGCACUAAACCUUCACAUCUUCCCUGCACUACCUGCAUACUACACAAAUUAAUUUUUCGCCAAGCAGGUUACUGAAUAAACAUGGCGAUCGAGUUCACCAAAGACACUAUAAUCGAAAUCGUUUGCAUUCUAAUUCUACCUCCUGUGGCAGUCUAUUGGCAUACAAAACAGUGUGGAUGCCCAGUAUGCCUCAACGUAGUUCUUUGCUUUUUGUUUUGGAUACCUGCAAUGCUCCAUGCAGCAUAUGUGUGCUUCUUACAGGAUCAGAGCUAGAUAGGCAGAAUCUCUGUAUAUAAAACUGCUUCAGAGUGUUGUUUUUUGUGGCAACCUUGAAGUCAUUACUGUAAUGAUAGAAAUUAUUUUGCUAUAAGUAGUAUAAAGAUUUAAUGUGCAUACCGUACUUACGCA